GCAAGGUGCCGGGAGGCGCAAAAAGACGUGGGGUGGGGGGUGGGGGGUCAGCUGUCCUGGGGCCGGAGCGCCAGGCGCGUUCGUGGGUGCAUUCUGAGCAUUGCGGAGCCGGAUAACGCGGGAGCAUCCCCGCCCCUCGGACCAGGCGCGGGGAGCAAGGGGUCAGGCCGCAGUCAGACGCGGUGCGUCCCGCCCACCCCAGCCUUAGGGAGCCCGCGGUUCGAGUCCUGGCCUUGGUGUGAUUCGCUGCGGGGUCCCGGCCGGGCCCUUCCCUCUCUGGGCCUCGGUUUCCCCAUGCUCAAGGUCUCGGCGAGUCCGGGCUCUCGGUCCUGCGCGGCCCCCAGCCCACAGGCUGACACGCCCGCCGCGGCACGGGCCCGGCAUCGGCCCCUCCCCCCGCGGGAGCGCGGACGCUCACGAGCGCGCUCGCACCUGGCCGCCGCUGAGAGCGAGGUUGGAUGGGCGGGGCCUAGAAGCUCCGCCCACCCCGCCCCGCUUGGCCAAUCGGAGGGGGCGGAUGGCCCCGUGCGGGGCGACGCGCUGGGGGCGGGGCCAACUGGGGCUGAGGAGAGAGCCCGCGGGCGGGCAGGCGGGCCGCGGGAGGCGAUCGGGCGGCGGCGGAGGCGGCGGCGGCGGCGGCGGCAGUGGGUCCCAGAACAGCGCCGCAGCGCGCCGCCGGCUCCCACAGGCCGGCCAGGCUCCGCAGCCCGCCGCAGCCGCCGCCUCGCCGCUGAGGGCCCGAGAGUGCGGCGGCGGCGCGCGGCCUGUGAGGGCGGCGGGCGCGGCGCCGAGCGUCCUGUCAGGCGGCGGAGGGCGUCGCGGACCCGCGUCGCGAUGAUGCCGAUGAUAUUAACCGUGUUCUUGAGCAACAAUGAACAAAUUUUAACGGAAGUUCCCAUAACACCAGAAACAACGUGUCGAGAUGUUGUGGAAUUUUGCAAGGAACCUGGAGAAGGUGGUUGCCAUUUAGCCGAAGUGUGGAGGGGAAACGAGCGUCCCAUACCCUUCGAUCAUAUGAUGUACGAACAUCUGCAGAAGUGGGGGCCACGAAGGGAAGAAGUGAAAUUUUUUCUUCGCCAUGAGGAUUCCCCAACUGAGAGCAGUGAACAAGGUGGCCGUCAGACUCAAGAGCAAAGGACCCAGAGAAAUGUAAUAAAUGUACCUGGAGAAAAACGUACUGAAAAUGGGGUCGGUCAUCCGCGUGUUGAGCUGACCCUCUCGGAGCUCCAGGACAUGGCAGCCAGGCAGCAACAGCAGAUUGAGAAUCAGCAGCAGAUGUUGGUUGCCAAGGAGCAGCGCCUGCACUUCCUGAAGCAGCAGGAGCGCCAUCAGCAGCAGUCUGUUUCGGAGAACGAGAAGCUCCAGAAGCUGAAGGAGCGUGUGGAGGCCCAGGAGAACAAACUGAAGAAGAUCCGUGCCAUGAGGGGACAGGUGGACUACAGCAAGCUCAUGAACGGCAGCCUGUCUGCUGAGAUAGAGAGAUUCAGCGCCAUGUUCCAGGAGAAGAAGCAGGAAGUGCAGACGGCAAUUCUGCGAGUCGACCAGCUCAGCCAGCAGCUGGAGGACCUGAAGAAGGGAAAGCUGAACGGGUUCCAGCCCUACAAUGGCAAGCUGGCGGGGCCGGCGGCUGUGGAGUUAAAGAGACUGUACCAGGAGCUGCAGAUUCGUAACCAGCUUAACCAGGAACAGAAUUCAAAACUGCAGCAGCAGAAGGAACUUUUAAAUAAGCGCAACAUGGAGGUGGCCAUGAUGGACAAGCGCAUCAGCGAGCUGCGCGAGCGUCUCUACGGGAAGAAAAUCCAGCUGAGCCGUGUGAAUGGCGCGUCCUCGCCGCAGUCUCCCCUGAGCACCCCCGGCAGGGUCGCUGCAGUGGGGCCUUACAUCCAGGUCCCCAGCGCGGGCAGCUACUCGGCCCCGGGGGACCCCGUGAAGCCCCAGUCUCUCACUGUUGCUUCGGGGGCCGCCCACGGAAGGCCCAAACCUGCGAGCGACGGGAACUGGCCCACACUGAAGCAGAGCGUCAGCCCUGCCGUGAGAGCCACACAGACCGCUAGCGUGGGCCGGACGGACUCGAGUGCGGAGGGGCCUCUCCAGCAGGGCACCGUCUCCAGCCAGCCCGUGCCCUUGUCGGCUCUGGGAGCCCCGGAGAAGCUGGUAGGCCGCUGUCGUGACCCCGGGACACACCCCCCGGCCAUGUGCUUGUUUGCGCUCGUCUUCACUGAGGGGAGGGGGUGA